AUGGUAGUUGGAUCUUUACUUGCUUCGGGAAGUAAAGACAAUGAUAUUAUAUUGUGGGAUGUUGUUGGUGAGACGGGUCUUUUUCGCCUUCGUGGGCAUCGUGAUCAGAUCACGGACCUUGUUUUCCUUGAUUCUGAUAAAAAACUUGUUACUUCUUCCAAGGAUAAAUUUUUGCGAGUGUGGGAUCUUGAAACUCAGCAUUGUAUGCAAAUAGUUAGCGGCCAUCAUAGUGAAAUUUGGUCUAUUGAUGUUGACCCGGAUGAAAGAUACUUGGUCACUGGUUCAGCAGAUCUUGAACUCAGAUUAUUUUACAAUGAAAAGCAUGAGUUGAUGAGUGGAGAGUCUAUGGUGAAUGUAACUGCGGCUAAAACUGGGAAUGACCGUGAGUUAUCUACUCAAAAUAAGUGGGAAGUUCUGAAGCCCUUUGGUGAAAUUACGCGACAAAGUAAGGAUAGGGUUGCGACUGUGAGGUUUAGCAAGUCGGGAAAUCUGCAUGCUUGUCAGGUGGCAGGAAAAACUGUUGAACUAUUCCUUGUACUCGACGAAGUUCAAUCCAAGUGCGAAGCAAAACAAAGAAUUAAAAACAGGAAGAAAGAGAAGAAGUCUGCAAAAAUGGAAGUUGAAGAAACUGAAAAUGUGGAAGCAAAUCAUGAUACUGAAGGAGCUGGGAAUACAUUGGUUGUUAAAGUUCCUGAUGUUUUUAAGCUUCUUCCAACUAUUCUAGUCAGCAAAAAGAUAUGUUCCAUCUCUUUUUGUCCGGUCACUCCAGAGAGUUCACUAGCUAGUUUAGCAUUGUCUUUGAAUAAUAACUUGCUGGAGUUUUAUUCAAUUAAAAGUGAUGGAAGUGAAAAAACACUUUCUAUUAAUCUUGAGAGAACACUUUCUAUUGAGCUUGAAGGACACCGUUCCGAUGUUAGAAGUGUCACACUUAGUUCAGACAAUAGUUUUUUGAUGUCAACCAGUCACAAUGCUGUGAAGAUUUGGAAUCCAAGUACUGAUUCUUGCCUUAAAACAAUUGAUUCUGGCUAUGGACUCUGUGGUCUAAUUGUACCCCAUAACAAAUAUGGAAUUGUUGGCACUAAAGAUGGGGAAAUUGAAAUUAUUGACAUUGAUAAUGGUACUUGCAGUGAAGUUGUUGGAGCUCAUGGUGGCUCUGUACGGUCAAUUGCUACCAUUCCAAAUGGAAAUGGCUUUGUUACUGGCAGUGCAGACCAUGAUGUAAAGUUCUGGGAAUACAUCAACCAAAAACCUGGUCAAGAUUCCAAAAGCCUUACUAUAUUAAAUGUGAGGACUAUGAAAAUGAAUGAUGAUGUUUUAGUGGUUGCCUUUAGCCCAGAUGCUAAAUAUGUUGCUGUUGCAUUGUUCGAUUGCACUGUAAAGAAUUUGUAA